AGUGUGCGCCGGAACAGAGGGAACACGACGGCCCGCAGUGUAAGCAGGGUGAGCUGGCUGCUUAGGCUGCUGCUGCUAGUGGGGAAUUUUCUUAUUGGAUUUCUGUUUUGUAUGUUGGCGACGCAAGUGUAAUAGUUCUUCGAUCAGACAUAUAUUUUUAAUACAAUAUACUCUAUCAACAAGCGAUUGUCUAAACUCGGGCACAGUUUCUCUUUUUUUGGUCCGACGCCAUGGAUUCCGCCAGUCAAGACAUCAAUCUGAACUCUCCAAAUAAAGGCCUUGGCUCAGGCUGUCUAUCAGACAUGCCAGCAGAGAUCGGUGCGUCUGCUGAAAGUCCAGUAACACUUCCUCCAGGACUAACAGAGGAAGAGGCAGAAGAACUAAAGUCUGAACUCACCAAGGUGGAGGAUGAGAUUCAGACACUGCGGCAAGUACUGAUGGCCAAAGAGCGCCAUGCAUCUGAACUGAAGCGCAAGCUUGGCCUCAGCCCUCUGACCGAACUAAAACAGAACAUCACCAAAGGCUGGCAGGACGUGCAGACCUCAAACGCAUAUCUUUCAGCUUCUGCCACUAUGGAUGACAUUGCCAACUCUGAAGUAUACAAGAAGACUCAGGAAACACUGUCUCAGGCAGGACAGAAGACCUCAGCAGCCUUCUCCACUGUGGGCUCUGCUAUCAGUAGAAAACUAGGAGACAUGAGAGCGCUGCCUUUCUCUAACUCCUUUGGUAGCAACUACUCCAUUCGUCAUUCGAUAAGUAUGCCAGCUAUGAGGAACUCGCCAACUUUCAAAUCAUUUGAGGACAAAGUUGGAAAUCUAAAGUCCAAAGUGGUUGGAGGGAGGGUCAACGGCGAUGGCCUUCAGUCUCCGACCGACUCGAACCCUGUGCAGGAGAACGCACCAUUCUGAGCCUCUACACUCCGAACAAACACUCAUUUCAACUCUUAGUGAAGCCUGACCCUCUACAGCCGCCAUCACUCUCUCUCUCUCCCUCUCUGUCUCUCUCUCUCUCUCUCUCGCUCAAUCUGCCUCUUUCUCUUCCUCCCUUCUCCAGCUCCUCUCUCCAUUUUGCUUGCAUGUGCUCGUCUCACCUCUCCACUCACACCACAGCUUACGUGACAUGGACUCAUCCACAAAGGAUUGUACAAAACAAAAGAAGGAAAAAAAAAAUGUUCCAACCAUUUUGUAUUCUAAAGUAUUUUACACUGCUUUGCAUAAUGUUUUUACAUAACGUAUAUCUAUAUAUAUAUAUAAAUAUAAAGAAUACAAAUAAUUAUAUUUAAACUUUACUGCCAAGCAGCUUUCAUCAGAAAGUGGAAAGGAGCAGAAACCCGGAGAAAGGAGAGGGCUGCUGUUUGAAAUACUCACACAAGGGGAACGUGCUGCAGUUUUCUACGCUGCUCUUCAUUAAUUCGAGGACUUUUUUUACACAGAGUACAAUGUGAAGCGACGCUUUGCAGUACAUUUAGUGAAUGUCUAAUCCUUUGUCUGCCUUACACUAUCACUUUGUUUCUUUCUGUUGAUUUUUUUGCUGGUCAAAGCAAGGUGCGUUAAUGUUUUUCUCUCUUUUCUCUGUUCUGUUUUUUUUUUCUUUUUUCUUUUUGUUUUCUGCUUCUUUGUUUCCAGAGUUCAUUUUAAGUAUCAUAUCUGUGGGCUUGGUUUGCUUACGCCUUGUCCGUUAAUUAACGCCUCGCCUUUGCUUUGUUCCAGUCCUUUGUGCCAGCAUACUGAGGCCAUUUCAAAGACCUUCUGCUGUUGAAACGAAGAGCUAUUUCUCCAAAUCGCACUCACACCGAUUACUGUAUUCAAAAAAUCGCUCUUGAAUAUAGCUCUUGCUUUAGCCUGCACUACCCCAAAGUGUAACACACUAACUGAGACAGUGGUGUCAAAUUCCUUUUAUUUGAUAUUAUUUUUUCAUUUACAUUCGAUUGCAUAAUUGUGUAGUUUGUUUGCUAGCACAGUCACUUUGCAUUUCAAAACCAAUCAUUGGCCAAGUCUUUUUUUUUGUUUGUGUGUGUGUCAGUUGUCAAUCAUUUCAUCAUAUCCUCUUUUUUGUAAAGGUGUCAAUAGUUUAAAUAAUUUCAUUAGUUUGCUACACAUUAUUAUCCUAGACUGAGCUAGAAUUUGAGGGAUUUAUUAUAUCUAUUUGAUAGAAAUAUGUACAGCUAUGCUGCCAGUAACACACAACUGGGUGGUUGACUAACAUUUCUGUUAUCAAGGAGUGAAAGGUGAACACUUUUGUGUUUUUUUUUUUUUUUUUUUGAGAGAGGAAAAAUAUAUUUCAGCAUUUGUGUAAAUGGUACCAGCUGUUGUAGAGUGCCUGAGCACAAUAAUAUAGCUUUAAAUCUGAGAUUGUAGCUCAGCUUUACAAAAUGAGAGGAUCUGGAGCUUUUUGGAGGAAUUUGGUGGAUUGCUCGUUUAUGUUAUCGCCAGCGUAUGUUCUGUUUAUCAAUAAAGCAUUCCUUCAAA